GAGGAGGGAGUAUGUGACUCUCGCCUCAGACAGACGCACGCCGCCUCUGUUUGUAUACAGUGCGCUUUCCAGCCGGCACGGCGCUCUCUCACUCCUCUCUCCUUUCAUUGUUCUCUUCCCUGCAGCAGCGGCAGGAGCAGCCAGCCAAGAGGCUGUCACCGACCCACGAUAGACGGAGGAGGAGAAAAGAGACACAUAACACACCUACCUAGCUCAUCCCCUGGAGCAGGCGAUUCUCCGUGAGCUAUGACUGUCUCGUGGCAGCACUCAUCAGCCUACGAGCUGCCUUCGGGUCUCCCAGGAUAUCCUCACUAUUAAGGCAAGAAAAGGAACUCGUCGCAAACAGGGAACUGAGCUUCCCGGGAAAGCAUCAACCCCCCACAACCCCCGGCCUUUUUGGAAAAGGACAAUUAUUGUUUUGUGUGUGGGUUUUUUUUGGCACAUUUUGAUUUUUUUUUUCCUCGGUGAGCCGCCAGGUAGAAGGAUCGCUUCGGUUCCGCCUUCAUUUCCUUCAGGCUCAAAACUCCUAGUCUCCUCUCCACCUUCUUGGGAUCGUCCCUUGGGAGAUCAAAGGAUCAUGAGGCGCUGGGUGGCCGCCUGGUUUCUGCUGGGUUUCAGCUUCGGAAGCCCACCGUUUGCCAGAGGAGAUGUGUGUGACUCCAACCCUUGUGAGAAUGGAGGCAUCUGUCUGUCAGGGUUGGAUGAUGAUUUCUAUUCUUGCGAGUGUCCUGAUGGCUUCACAGACCCCAACUGUUCUAGUGUUGUGGAGGUUGAACUGGAUGAAGAAGAGCCAACACCAGCAGGACCAUGCAUUCCUAAUCCCUGCCAUAAUGGUGGAAUUUGUGAAAUUAGUGAAGCAUAUAGAGGAGACACCUUCAUAGGCUAUGUCUGUAAGUGCUCGGAAGGAUUUAAUGGGGUCCACUGUCAACAUAAUGUGAAUGAAUGUGAAGCCGAACCUUGCAAGAAUGGUGGAAUUUGUACAGAUCUUGUAGCUAAUUAUUCCUGUGAGUGCCCAGGUGAAUUUAUGGGAAGGAACUGCCAACAUAAAUGCUCUGGGCCAUUAGGAAUUGAAGGAGGAAUAAUUUCAAACCAACAAAUUACAGCAUCAUCCACACAUCGGGCUCUUUUUGGGCUCCAGAAAUGGUAUCCCUACUAUGCACGACUUAACAAGAAAGGUCUUGUAAAUGCUUGGACGGCUGCAGAAAAUGACAGAUGGCCAUGGAUUCAGAUAAACUUGCAAAGGAAGAUGAGAAUCACCGGAGUUAUAACCCAAGGUGCUAAGAGAAUUGGAAGUCCAGAAUACAUAAAAUCAUACAAAAUUGCUUAUAGCAAUGAUGGAAAAUUAUGGGCAAUAUACAAAGUGAAAGGCACAAAUGAAGACAAGGUAUUCCAUGGAAAUGUGGAUAAUAAUACACCUUAUGCAAAUUCUUUCACUCCACCAAUAAAAUCUCAGUAUAUUCGACUGUAUCCACAAGUUUGUCGAAGACAUUGUACUUUGCGAAUGGAGCUUCUUGGAUGUGAAUUAUCAGGUUGCUCUGAACCACUUGGGAUGAAAUCAGGACACAUACAGGAUUAUCAGAUUACUGCUUCUAGCAUCUUCAGAACACUUAACAUGGAUAUGUUUACAUGGGAACCUAGAAAAGCUCGACUAGACAAGCAAGGCAAAGUGAAUGCCUGGACAUCAGGACACAGUGACCAGUCACAGUGGCUACAGAUUGACCUCCUUGUUCCUACAAAAGUCACUGGCAUUAUUACUCAAGGAGCAAAAGAUUUUGGUCACGUACAGUUUGUGGGCUCCUAUAAACUUGCCUAUAGCAAUGAUGGUGAGCACUGGACCAUAUAUCAGGAUGAAAAGCAAAAAAAGGAUAAGGUUUUCCAAGGAAAUUUUGACAACGACACCCACAGAAAGAAUGUCAUUGACCCUCCAAUCUUUGCGCGGCACAUAAGGAUCCUCCCUUGGUCAUGGUAUGGCAGGAUCACUUUACGGUCAGAGCUCUUGGGCUGUACAGAGGAGGACUGAUGAGGGAUCUUCACUUAACAGCACAACUCUUGAUAUUCCUAAAAAUAUCUCCAUAGAAGAAACUGUGCAAAACCUGUAGGAAGUUGGAUGGGUUUUUCAUGAAUAAGUGCUCACUUUCUGGUAGGCUGCUAACUGUCUUUUGUAAGGAGGUCUAAGCCUGCCCUUAAAAUGGUCCAAUCUGAUUUUGUCCUUUUAAAUUGCUUCUAGUUAUUACUCUGUUUCGCUGUGGAAAUUACCUUUCAAGUUUUCUUCUGAGUUGUUCACACUGGAUGAAAUACAGUUAGGGAUGAAAAGCAGCAUCACUUUUGCAAGGAAGAUGAAAAUGGCAUGACAGAGUUCUUUUCUGAUUUCCAAAAGAGUGGGCUGAUUCAUUGUUUCCAAACCCAGACGGUCAUCUUACUUGCAAAAAGUGAUCCUGCAGCUUUAGCAAUAAGUUUUCUCGGGGAUGACUGCAUCUGAUUGUUUCCCUUGUGCCUAUCAAGCAUUGUCAAGAUUAAUGACACUUCUUGGGAGAAUCUCUGUAGUCUGCAGUCCUCCUAAUGUUACAAACUACCUUUCAUCAUUUUCUUUCCCAAAUGUGGAGUCUGCAUAUCCCAGCUUAUUUAUAUUCUUUGCUUUCCAUUUAAGCAUUCAGUGGGCAUCCUCACUGUCUUUUCUGUUUAAUCACAUUAAAUACUGUUUACUUUUAAUGAGUUGACCUGGAUUUUAUGGCACAAAGUCUGCUAUCAGUAUGCUAUGAAGUUAAUGAUUUUUGUUGGAGUGAAGUCAGUGAAUUCAGCUUGUAGUUUUCUUCCUAAAGGAUGCGAAGGUGGAAUAACUAUGGAACAUAUGCAAGAUUUAAGCUACUGUGGGCACAGUAGAGGUGGGCACAGAUAAAUGUUGUAGAAAUGAUAUUCGUGUGAGACUGUGCCAUGUCUUGCUUGGAAAUUGCCUUCUGGAGUUGUAAGGGAGAAGACUUAUCUGUGAGAUUCAGGCAUACAUGCCAAAACAUGCAGGCCUUGUCCAAUAUGACCCCUACUACACUGACUGCCCCCAACUAAUUCUUCAGAAAUAUGGUGAAAAUUGAAUGAAACAAGAUCUUGGGGCUGGAGGAUCACAUGAUACGAUCACUAAAAUGAUUGUUUAUCACUCAGUUCUGCAAAGGUUCUGCAAGCACUUAUAAAUAGUAAGUAUGAGGACCGACCCAUAGAUGGAACAACAUGAAAGCUGUAAGAUCUUGUGUAGCCAGUCAGAGAAAAUGGAUUCAGAUCUGAGACAAACAUCCGCAUUUGGAGAUAAUGAACAAGGGGAUGUUUAUGCCAUGAGUAUGUAGAAGAGAAAGCCAGAAAGAGUGUGACAUUGUAAGUCAGGAGUCCAGCAGCACCUUAAAGAUCAACAAAACAAAUCCAAGCAUAAAUUGUCACGAGUCAGCAGUCACUUCAUUAAAUGCAUGAAGUGUACAUCCAUUAGAAGUGUACAUACAUUCAUAUGAAAAGCUGCAAACAACAGAGAGGUGGACGUCGAGAGAAAAAGAUCUGUUUAAAGCAAGAUUCUAAGUAAAAGAGUAGCAAAGCCACUUAGAGAAGAUGAGGACCACUCCCAUAAAAAGAGCAAAAUAGAAAAGAAUGUAGGUAUUCAUGAACUAAUUAAAGGGUGGGAUAUGUCAAGGUUCAGACAAGUCCAUGUUUAUGCAAGGAGGGAUUGCAUUUCUUUGAUACACUGAAGAGAACACUGUUGGCAAAACAUUGGCAUUAGAUGAUGCAUUCGGCUGUCUGAGAAUCCCACCUUCCAUAUUAAAAAAAAUAGGAAGAGAGAUGCUCAAAAGUAUGUGGUGAUGUUUGUUAACACCUUCAGUGGUUGAUAAUAAUUGUUUUUUGCUCAGUUUCUUACCCUCUCCUUAAUUAGCAAAGGUAGAAGGGUCAACAUUACAAUCCUCACUGGAGGUACAAAAUCCUAAUCCCAUUGACUUCCGCACAAGUAACAUUGCUUAGGUUUAUGAUACUAAUUGGCUGGGUGUGGAAUUUUAGUCCCGAGUUUUACAGAGUAAAUAAAACCUUGGUAACAGGGCACUUCCCAAGAGCAUGCAAAUGAAGAGAGGCCACAUUCUUUGAGAGAGGGCUUCAGAUAUUUCUGGUUUGUAUGCUGCACAACUCCAGUGCCAGAUGCAUUUCACUCUGGUGCAGCUCUAUAACUACAUGAAAAAUAUUAACUUCUUAGUGCUGAUUUACAUAACCCACUACAGUUGCAAUAACAUGGUCUAGUUGUAUAGGGCGUUAAUACACACUAAUGGAGGGUGUGUGUGUCCCCCGCCAUCCACAGUUUGAACAGAAUUCUCAGUAAGCAGAUAUCUCAAAUGGUGAGCCAGUUACCUGAUAAGAGUUUCUGCCUGGUCAUCUGACUUUGCCAUAAAUCCUGUUGUUUUACAUAUUCAUCAGGCAAAACUGGCAAGUUGCACUGACUUCUGUGCAUCAGACUCCCUGUGUGGAAAGACAAAGCUGGUUGACACUAUUUAUGCUGAAUCAACCCAGUGUGCUUUCCAGGGGGCUAGCCAAAUCCAUUCUCAGUCAAAGGGGUUGUUUUGUCACUGAGGCUAGUGUGCAAAUAUGUUGGCAGCAUUGUAAAUAUAGCGGCUAAGAACUGAUGUGGUCCAACUCCAACACGUGAACUGACUGAAAUGGGUAUGAGAGCACUACUAGUACAUAAUCCAGAUGGAAUUCCUCCAGUGCAAAAACCUGCAGGUAUAGGAGAUGUUUUGGAGAGUUGUGGACUUAGCUAAUAUUGCAAGGAACCUUGAUUUCUGACAAAAAUGGGGUAUUAUGUUUCCUUGGCAAUUUGGGGUACCAUCUUAUCACCUGAAACCUUCAAUUUCUGUUUAUUCUCAAUUUCAUAACAUGCUAUAGUAGAUUUAGUUUUGCUUGUGCUUCAUUAAUGUAUCAAGCUAAUCAUCUUUUUUAAAAUUACCUUGCAUUAUCAUUAAAAGAAAAUCACAGAGAAAAGAUCAUUGGUUCUGUGACUGAUAUAAGACUUGCCAUCCUGUAUUUUUUUACAGAGAGAAACUCUUUGUAAGGACCCUUACAAAAUCCCAUGUAAACUCAUUGUUUCUCCUUUCGGACAUGACCUUUUAAUGAUCAAUGGAGGCUCCUUCAACAACAUUGCUUCAAAAAGGAACCAAUAAAAAUGUGCCCUGCAUUAAUUAAAAGCACCUAAUUCUCGAGGUGCCUUUGUUCUUAUGGGGGUUUUUUUGUAAGGCUUAGACAUGGUUAUUCAGAGUUUCUCAGUUUGAUAACCUAAUAAAAGAAUAAGCAAGUAUGUGUAAGAAAUGUUAAGGUCCUGUGCAAUUUCUCUUUUUUCCCCCUGUUUUUGAGUUGGAUUUGUGCUGCAUUACAUAAAGCCACUAGACUGUUACUGUCUUGUCUGUAACUGUGUUAACAUUUCUUAACAGUGUUAUCUAUGGAGUGGUCUUCAAUUGUAGUGAAUAAUUGUAAAGAGAAAGUCAAUCAUAACUGAAAUUUAAGGUGCAAAAAGACUGGCAAAAUAAGGCUGGGGACUGAUAUUAAAACUACUGACAGCCCAUUUUCUGCACUUUAGGCUUUUAUGAAGAUCUGCAGUUCACAGCUCAUUUACUGCAGAGCAAUUUUGUUUAAAGUUUAUAGGCUUACUCUAGAUUUAAAAUUUGUGAACUCAUGCUUGAUUUUUCAGUGGGUCUAAGAAUGGCAUCAUUCUUUUCUGCUGUUUCAUGGGGCCAUAUUAUGUUCUUGCAGUACAACAGGAUGCAAGCAAAAUCAUUUGAGACUUGAUCUCCAUCCUGGGGGACACUGAUGGCAACCACCAGUUGGGUGCUAAAAGUCCCUAUUCAAUGAAAAUUGCAUAUGCAUCUUUUUGAAUAUGCAGGUCUCAAGCCAAAAAGAGGUCUCAGCAUGCUAACCACCUUGAGACAGAAAUGAGUAAUCUCUGAUCCUUAUGCUGCAGACUCUCAUCAAGCAGAAUUCUUAGCAUGAUUGUAGCCUCCCUCUAAGAGGAGAUGAUUUCUGCAAAUAAGAUACAGUAUGUUUUCAGUAUUUGGGUUCUGAUCCUAAAAAGCUACUGCUAAGCCCUUUCCAGUGAAUAAAGCUUGAAAUGAGAGGACAAUUUGAGCUGCUAGUCAUAUGUCUGUGUUAUUAUCACUUCUUCCCUUUAUGAAAAAAAAAAUUGCAUUUAAAUUGCUCUUAUAUGCAAAUUAAAUCAAUCAUAGUUCAUAGUGCAUAAAAAUAACACUAUGAUGAAAAAAUUUGUUCCAGUUCAUUCUUUUCAUAUGAAAUUGUUGCAUUUUUGCCCUUUGUUCAUUCCUACCACCUUUUUUUAAAGAUAUACCUUGGGAUUUUUUUGCCAUAUUCUGCUUCAAUGACAUCAUUAUUCAUUUAAAGAAAAGCUGUUGACAUCUGCUUGAUAACUAUGCAUGCAAUUCACAAGGACAUUUUUUCUGAGUGUCCCACUGAAAUGAAUGAGAACUGCAGAACGCUUCUACUCUGUAUUCCAUUUCAAUAAGGCUUGUGCCGGAGAACUUCCCAAUGAAGUAUGCCCUUUAUAUUUUAUAUGACAGGAUAGUUGAAAGGCAAAUGUGCCCCAUACACUAUACUGACAGGGUCCUCAACUCUGUUAAGCCUGUGGUCACAUGGAAUUUUGAGACAGGUAGUGGGCACCACCACAACCCUGGGAUGUGGGAAUAGUCACAAAAUGACAACCAAGCCAUGUUCUCUGUAUGGACACUCCCAGUGAAUCCAAAAGAGAUAUAUCCUGGGAGAUGUAUUCUGAAGCAAUCACUGCUCAAAUAUAGUCAAGGAAAGCCAACACUGGCUUUUCGUUUUGAGGAACCAGUAAGUGGUCACAAGAAAACUCAUUGGCAUUUACCCCUGGGCACCACAAUGGGGUUCAGUGUUCUACAGUUCUAGUUUUUUAUUCCUUUUUAAUUGAAUUAAAUUUGUUAGUGCUGCAGGAUCCUACAGUAAGAACCCAUGCAUUCAUUCAUAUUCAUCACACAAUGAUUGGCAUAUGUGAACCAACCAUCAAAUCCCACAAUCUACACUUUCAGAUUACUAUGAACAUGGAGUACGUUCACCUAUUUAACUGCAAGUCAUCAAGUGUUAAAUAAUCAAAAAAAUUGAGUGAUUAGAUGUUAUGUAAUUAUGUACCUGUGGAAAUCAGACCUAAAUCUUCAGAAGACACAUCACACAACUGUACUUGUCUUAGAUGUGGGUUGUGAUCUGCAAAGUCCUUAAGUGGGAGUAUUUGCACCUCAGCAACAUUAACUCAGAGCAAGUAUUUCAUUCUCCAUGACUUGUCAAUUAUGAUUGGGCAUUGAUCCUAAAAUCAGGAAGCUCACAAAUGUCUUAACGUGUCUGUUUCUCAUGUAGGGGGCAAGUCAUUGGGCUUUCAUUCUUCCUCAAACUCAUAUAGAAUGUUAAUGGAACUGAAGCUUACAUGGGCAUAUUUGAAGAUCAGUUUACCCUGCUUAUGUCUCCACCCUUUUUUUGUAUGAAUAUUUUGUAUGUGUAUAUUGCUAGUAUGCCUGACUCAGAAGCCCAUUUCAGACAUUAAAAACUAUGCAUAAUCAAUGUACGGAAAGGAAAUUAGGAUCAUGGUGACAAAUUCUGACACCUUUAUGCAUUGAUUAUUCCUUGGUGUACAGAAGCUAAAUGUGUACCACUUUCAUGCAUACAUGCUCCUUGGGCACUUCAAAAAAGUGAUCAGUACAUAAGGUUGGGGGCAGGGUUGUUUUAACAUGAUCCUGAUACACUUCCACUGUUGAUACUACAGUUUUAGAACAUCCAAAAAGAUAUGUUGGGGUAUGUGUGUAUACAGUCUUGAGUUUUAUUCCUGUACCUACCGUAUUUGUACAGUAAACAUACCUGGAUCAUUUGUGAACAUGUCCUUUAAAAUUAAGGAGAAAUGUUCAUUGUACUUAGUCUGAAGUCAUUGUGUCGAAGUCAAUGGAACGUCUCCAGAUGUAGGUGCUUUGAGGAUUGUCAUUGAAUUGUCUUUAGGAGGUUGGUGUCUUUAAGGCUGGAAUCCUCAAGCCGCUUACUCAAGAGUAAUUUGUUGCAAUAAAAGGAAGUGGACUUGAAGAUUGCAUCCUUUCACUUUUUGGGAAAAUGUGUUGAAAUUGUCUUUAACUUUUCUAGUAAUUCUAACAGUGAAACUGAAUUGGCAUGGACGAUAUUCUCUUAAGUUUACCCCCAAAGUAGUUAGGUAUUUCUAGGCACCUUUCUGUAGCCCCCUAAUAUGCUACUUAUAUAGCCUGGAAAGUAAAUCAAAAUGCACAAGGUUUAGGAUUAUCUAUGUUCUAUGAAGGGCUUCUCACACAAAAAAAAGAAGAAAGAAAAUACCCGUGGUUUUGAUUUUUUAGGUUGACUUUCUCUUUUGGAAUGAUUGCAUACAAACUUAUAUGAGUUUUGAAGUCUAAGGAUCCUAAUGAGUGUAUCUGUGCUAUACAACAAAAUAUGAAACAUACAAUUAUGGCUUCAGAUGUGUCAGUAAGUACAGAAGUAUCUCAACUUUGGCAACCUGUGUAAAGUUCUAAUGGUUUUUGUAUAUAUUUAAAUAAUGUAGAACAAUGUUCAAACAGUAUGACCUCGUCUAGUCUUCAAACUUAACAAUAAAAGUUUUGGAAAAUCAAAA